GCAGUGUGGCGAGGCUGUGGGAGCGGCGCGCACGUGCUCGGCACAAGUGUUGUUGUUGUCGCUGAUAAUGUUUGACAACAAUGCUGGCAGCGACGAGCGGUACGCCGCUGUAAAUCAGUUAGCGAUGAUGCCUCGUUAUGGCUUGUUUAUUUAUGUUUGGGCGCGCCGCGGGGUGCCGGCUCGCCCCCGACGACCUGUCACAACACACUUUUUCAUAAGUUUCAUGUGUUAAGCGGAUACUUGGAAGGAUGAAAAACUUACAACUCAGAUAAGUAUUUACAGCAUUUUUACUGCUAAUACUAUAAAAUUUAUUGAUUCCCGGGAGACGAUAACGUCUCUGCGUCUGUCGUGAUUUGUGGCGGCGCGCACAUGUGUCAGAUGGACAUGUUUAUGAAUGUAACGCGGAACACGGUCACUAAUUCUCAGUGUGCACAUAAAAACGAGUGCAAUGAUGAAGUGGCGUGGAGCGAUACGGCGCGCUCUGAGAUUAGGAAGCGCGCAGUGGAUGCGGCGGCGGCCGGUGGGCUAGGUCGGGAGAUGUUGUGCAGAUAAGACGCGGAGGCGGCGCGCACGUGCUGAUACCUUAUCUCGCGCGAUACGAGCGCGCCCGCGAACAGCUGAUCGCCGUACGCAGCGCCGGCUACCCAACUACUUAAUAGUGUUUCCAUCAUAAAUUAUAUCGCUCAAUCACAACCCUUGUCUAUUUUUCCAUGAUAAUAGGUAGCUACUUACUUAAUUAACUACAGAAAGUAAGUAACAAGUAAGUAGGUUUGAACACCUUUUUGUUUUAGCAAACAAUACAAAUGUUUGCUGUUAUUUAAUGAACCUCCACUGAACAAGGGAAUUCUUGAAGCCAUUCAGGACUGCAUCCACACCCCGACACACCGAGGGCUCGCUUUAUCAGGGUGCGGAGAUGAGGGCUUUAAUUUCUGGGAGGUAGGUAUGUAGGUAGUGAAUAUCCCUUCGGGAAUGGACACUCCCAGUUCCAAAAAGAAUCGAAUAGUAUAGGUAGUAAAGGGGCGGGCUCACAGUAGGGGCGCGUGGCGGGGAUGAUGCGCGCGCGCAGCCCGCCGGCCGCCGGCAGCGCCAGUCAGCGCAGUGCAAGCGACGCGGACACACGUCACGCGCGCUCCGAGUCUGCAGCAGUGAAUGAGUGAAGUAUCCCAGCAUGCUGCACGAGACAUGGCCCCAUGCGUGGCAUAAGACGGAAUCCUUCGAGCUGGACGCGCUUUUUGCAGAGGUCAACAACAAUUGCCUGAAAGAAGGCGAGGCGGAGUGCGGCGCGGAGGGCAGCGGCGGCGACGCGGAGAGCCCGCCCCCCCUGCCGGCGUUCGGCUACGCCCCCGGCGCGCUGUCGCCGUCCCACUCGCGCAGCUACCAGGAGCUGCGGCCGGCACACGCGCGCGACAUGCAGGCCUACGCGCACCUCGAGGAGGUGUUCAAGCCGGGCGGCGGUUCCACGGACGGCGCCUACCUGCGCCGCAGCAGCCCCGACCUCAGCCCGUCGCCCGAGCGCCGCGACGACUUCCGCGCGCACUACGACUACGCGCCCGCGCCGCCGCCCUACUCGCACGACCACCACCACCACGUCGACGGAGGAGGCGGCGGAGGAGGGGGUGGCGCAGUGUACUCGCGCUGCGCGUACGCAGGCGGCUCGCCGUACUUCGGCAACGGCACGGAGAUCAGCACACAACCUCAGAUUUGGCCGUCCAGCGCAGGCGGGUCGCCCAGCUACGGCGGCGGCGUGGUGCUAGGCGAGGAGUACGCGGAGGCGGCGGGCGCGGAGGGUGCGGGAGGCGCGGGGGGCGGAGGGGGCGCGGGCGGCUCGCUGCCGGCCUUCAGCGCGCGCUUCGGCGGCGCCUUCGCGUGCGCCACCUCGCGCCCCAACACCGUGUACGGCGCCGCGCCGCCCUACUCGCACCAGGAAGUGUGGAACCUUGAGAGCAAUCGCCGACCGCAAAUGUCAGCGGCUGCUAGUCUUUCUGCCAUCGAAAUGGCGGAGUUUUUCACGGAGGGGCGCGAGUGCGUGAACUGCGGCGCCAUCCACACGCCGCUGUGGCGUCGCGACGGCACCGGCCACUACCUGUGCAACGCGUGCGGCCUCUACAACAAGAUGAACGGCAUGAACCGGCCGCUGAAGCAGCCGCGGCGGCUGGUACGUCAGCGCCUGGCCGCGGCCCACGCGCCCCCGCACGACAUGGGCACGAAGCGGCCGGGCAUGUCGUGCACCAACUGCCAGACCACGACGACGUCGCUGUGGCGGCGCAAUUCGCUGGGCGAGACCGUGUGCAACGCGUGCGGCCUCUACUACAAGCUGCACAACAUCAACCGCCCGCUCGCCAUGAAGAAGGACUCCAUACAGACGAGAAAGAGGAAGCCAAAAAAUAGUAUAAAAGCAGAACGAAGUAUCAAGGCGUCCGUGCAGCGCGCCGUCACGUCUUCGGGCGUGAAGAUCGAGAACCUAUUGGACAGCGGCGCGGCGGCCGGCAGCGGCGCGCGCUCGCCGCUCUCGCUCAACUACUACGUGCAGCACGCGCUCAAGGUGGAGGAGCCGCCGCCCGCGCACUCAGCGCACGCCGCGCACGCGCCGCACGCGCCGCACGUGACGCACGCCGCGCACGCGCAGCACGCGCACGCGCCCCACGCGCUCUACGACGAGGAGUAUCGGCGCGCGGCCGACGAGCGCCUGGAGCGGCCCACCGUCGUGUCCAUGGGCAGCUGAGCCGCGGCGCCCGCCUGACCACAUAACCUUAUAGAAUCUCAGUUGUUUAGAUACCUAGUUAGUGCCUAGAUGAUAGCGAGCGCGAUGACUCGCUAGUUGACCAAAUAGCACCCUGUACAUAUAAGCCGCAGCGCACUCGCGCGACCACUCCUAGUGUCGUACGAUUCGCACGUGUGCUGUAGUGAGCUGUUUUUAAUCGUGUGUUCCCACUGUUACCAAAUAAUAAUUAUGUAUAAUAAGCGAUGAGACUGUAUAAUGAAUCAUUCCUAAAGCAUUGCAUUCCUAGGUAGAUAGCUUAAUGUUUCUUUUAAAGUAAGCUAUGUCGCCGCAAAGAGGCUGUUUUGAAUGUAACACAGCUAAUUUUAUUUUAUGUUGAACGAUAAAGUUUAUAUUUUUAUAAAAUAAUCAAUUUUUAGUAUGGCGUGUACUGGCAUCCGAUGAAUAGAUUUUUUUUUUUCAAAAUAUUAUCGACUUGGUUUGAAUAGGAGGCACGCGUCGCCUGAGCGACUCGGGCGGUGAGCGUCGCUCUAGUGUUAGUAUAAGUACAUUAGUAAAGAUAUUUUUGUUGACUCCAUGACUUCUAAAAGCAUUCCAAGAAUGAAUCCAAGUAGCGUAGUGAAUGUAGUGCUGUGACACCGGCGCGCACUGCUCGCUGCACGCGCCUGCACUGCUGACUACUGCAACAUCAGUAGGUAGUGCAGAGCGUGGUCGCGUACCUGCAUCUUGUACGCUCUAUGAACGCAUAGAUCUGAGGUACCUCUCUAUUGCAUAAAUCCGAAUUAUAUUAUUUUAAUUUAAAUAAGAAUUAAUUAGUUAUAUGUAAUUAUGUUAUUUUUUAUAUAAUGUCGACUAUUGUUGCAUGUUUAUUGAAAGUAAUAUAUAAUAAUAAUAAUGUGAAUAGAGUAUAAUAGGGUGGAGUGGGUAACCGCCGGCGAGUGCCGGCGAAUAGAUCUGAUGCCUUGUCGCCAAAUAUAUUGCAUACAAAUGUAAGUAUAGAUACGUGAUGUUAUAAAUAUUUAUGUGUUAUGUGGCGCGUCCUGCGAGGCGUUACUCUAGUAUAUACAUGUACUGUAUUGUGUAAAUAUUACAUAAGCGAUCAGAUUGAAGAACACCUUGAAUUAAAGGUACUUUGAAGCUCAA